AUGGCUCCCACAGCAGCCGACACAGCGCCGUCAGCGCAGAGGCAGGCCCGCCGCCCCCUUUCGCGCAUCGUGCCUGCCAUUCCACACCGGCUGUCACGCUCGCGCAACAUACCGUCGUCAAGGCCUCUUUCGCCGCCAGAGGAGCCCAACAGCGGCACUGUCAGCAAACACGAGCCGGAACCGCAGCCCGUCGUGGAACAGGCGCCCAAGGAACAGCUGCCAGUGCCAAGCAAUGCAGAGGCUCCGUUGACACCAGAGUCUCGCAUCUCGAACGGCGAUACGAGUGAGGUGGAAGCACCAGGCCUGGCCACGUCUCCUGCGAAAUCUGUAGACGACCAUGUCGAGAUUGCUGGUGAGCCUACAGAUACCAACCAUAAGAGCAACACCAACGGGAGCACUGCUGUGGCUCCCGUCGCAGACGUCACAGAGAAGCCUGCCACCAACGGUGUCCCUCGCAAGCUGACGGUGCCUGCCGAACUGCCUCCGCCAUUCUACCCCUCGAACAAGACGGACAGGCAGACGCCAUCCACGGACGUGAACGGCGCCGCACUCCUUCCGUCUCAUCGCUCCCAGCUCAGUGCUGGUGCUGUGGCAUUCCAUGCCCCCAAUGGAUCUGCUUCGCACCCUCAGACACCUCAAGCGGUUGACCCUACCGAGCACAUCCACCAGCUCAGCAUGCCGCGCCCACCCCCAGGGUUUUCGGCUCCCGAAAAUAGCGUUUUGUUCUUUCCAGGACACUCGCACCACCCGUCCGAGGCCGGUGGCCCGUGGCCGUACCCCUCUUAUGCAACAGCCCACCCAGACGCCGUCUAUGAAAACAGCCACGACCAUCAUUCACCCUCACUUCCUGUCGGUCCGGCCGAGUACUAUCCAGGUAAUCAUGCUCCAAGAGAUCAGGUUAACGGAGUCGCCCCGUUGCAGGUCGAGCCAUCUGGUAAAGCUCCCGUCGCCAAAGUCAAGUCUGGCUCGAUUCCGGAAGAAGAGCAACGUAUGCACCCGUACCAGGAUAGCCUUGCUUCGCAUGUGUCGCGCUUUGAAGACUCGUCCUUCGAGCUGGCGGCCUAUCUGACGACACAGUUUGGCAAUCCCGAAUUCGCAGAUUUCGUGCUUCAGAUACGCUCACCUGAGUCUGUUCAUAUUUCCAUUCCUGUCCACGGCAUCAUUGUAGUUCGGAGUCCGGUAGUAGCUGAUGCCGUUCGUCGAAGCAUACCGGCUCCUCAUCGUUCCCGGGACGCUCGACGUAUGCUCGACAUUGUCACUUCGGACCCCUUCGUCACUCGAGAAGCAGUUGAAGAGGCUAUCAAGGUACUUUAUGGAGCGCCACUACUUUCUCCGCAAGUCUUCCUGUACGGGCUUGCGCCUUACAUGUAUGACAGUGCUCAGCCGUCUGAUGAUGCUCGGAUGCGCAUGCGGCAACUGCUGAGCUACAUUGCAGCAGGCCGAGCUUUACAGCUACCUAGCAUGCAGGCCCGUGGUGUAGACAUUGCAAGGUCGCUAAUACGAUGGGACACCAUCGAGGCAGUCCUACAGGUCACCCUGCGGACGAGCUCAGCAUUUUGGCCUAAGAAGGACGGUGUUGGUACUGAUGACCCUUUCACUGCAGCACUGCUGAACUGUGUCGUCGACUUCAUUGCUUAUACAUUCCCGGUGGACUUCAAGCUAUAUGCCAUCGCCCCUGAGCUGGAAGACCUUCCUCGUCUACCAUCCCUUAUGGAGGCAAGGUCAUCUUCGCACAACCCUAGGUUGAGCAAGAUUCGUUUUGGCGACGCACCGCCUGAAGACGAUGUCCACACAAACCACAUGUCCCGUGUUUUGUCAUCCGUACUGAUUUCCUUACCAAUCCCGCUUCUUGAUCGCUUGUUCAAUCAUCGCGCUACAGCCAGCCAGAUUGGCUGGACUGGGGUCGUCAAGAUCAUGCGAGAGGUUAUUGCCGAGCGUGAAAACCGUCGCAAAAAAGCGUUGAGAAGUGAAAUCAGGGCAGCCCAUGACGGAACCAUUCCAGGCAACCUUUUGAACAACAUCUACGUUGAAGAGCACAUCGAACAAGUGGAAGAGUCCCCACUCCACCCAUCAGGACACCGCCUCGUCGCACAACGCUUGACUGCACAGGCCUAA